AUGCGCGCGGAUGGGUUCGCGGUGCUGCUGAAUACGUUUGAAAGACCGGAUUUGUUGAAGACGGCGCUGAGACACUACGGGAAAUGCCGAGGCGUGGAGGAGAUACGCGUGGUGUGGAGCGAAAAACGCGACGCACCGCGAGAGGGGACGGCGGAGGAUGGAUACUUUGUGAAGAAGAAGCCGGGAUUGGUGCGAUACGACGCGCACGCGGAAUCGACGAGCAUACAGAAUAGAUUUGAACCGUUGGAUGAUUUGCGCACCAGGGCGGUGUUUAACGUGGAUGAGGACGUGAGAAUUCCGUGUGAGACUUUAUAUAGAGGAUUUAAGGCGUGGCAGAAGCACCCUGACGCGUUGGUGGGGUAUUACGCGAGGAAUUAUGCGCCGGCGAAGAAGCCGAGCGACGGGUGCUCGUGGAGAUACGUCGCGAACGAGUUUCAACUUUGGUGGAGUGGGAAGUACAGUAUCAUCCUCACCAAGGCGGCGUUCAUGGAUCAAAAAUAUUUAAAACUGUAUAAGGAGCAUUUACCCGACGGUGUGCGGGAAUACAUCGACAAGGGGGGGGGGAAUUGCGAGGACAUCGCGAUGCAAUUUUUAAUCUCCUCGAUUACGCGCGAGGCGCCCGUGUACGUGCCGGCAAGUUUGAUGUAUUACACCAAGGCUAAGUUGGGUGGAGUUGGCGUCGCUGGAAUUAGCAGUGGUGCGGGACAUCACCUCAAGCGCGGUGAUUGCAUCACGGAUUUCCAGACGAUGUUUGGCGCCGAACACAUACCCCUCGUGGAAACGUAUCAAUAG